GAUCGCGUGUGGACGUUUCCGGUGUGGGUGCAGUUUGACAGAAGAGGAGGCGAGCGGCGAGAUACAGCACUAUUUGUUAAUGGACCAGCCGUGUCAGGUGCCGCUGUUAGAAUGGGACAGAGCACUUCGGGACCAGAGUCCCCUGAAACACCAGAGCAGGAGCGAUUUGGACAGUUAAAAACCUUUGUGGAGGACCAGCUUCAGACCAGCAUGAUGGUGGGAAUAGUGCUCGGCGCUGGUAUCGUCAUCAUCCUCAUCGCCAUCCUCAUUUUCUUUGUCCUGCGGAGGAUCCAGCUCCGGAACCUCGCAGCUCAAGAAGCCCCUAAAUAUCGCUUCCGCAAAAGAGACAAAGUUUUAUUUUAUGGCAGGAAGAUAAUGAGGAAGGUGUCUCAGUCCACAUCAUCUUUAGUUGGAACCUCUUCCUCCUCAUCCUCACGUCCAAGACUAAAGAAGAAGCAGAAGAUGCUGAACAUUGCCAAAAAGAUCUUACGCUUUAAGAAAGAGGUACCCACUCUUCAGAUGAAGGAACCUCCUCCCUCAGUACUGGAGGCCGACCUCACUGAAUUCGACGUGGCCAAUUCACACCUGCCCUCGGAGGUGCUCUACAUGCUGAAAAAUGUGCGUGUUUUGGGUCACUUUGAGAAGCCUUUAUUCCUGGAGCUGUGUAAACACAUGGUGUUCCUGCAGUUCCAGCAGGGAGAGUACGUCUUUAGACCUGGACAGCCUGACAGCAGCAUUUAUGUUGUUCAGGAUGGCAAGCUGGAGCUGUGCCUUACUGCACUGGAUGGCAAGGACGGCGUGGUGAAAGAAGUUUACCCAGGGGAUUCCGUUCAUAGUCUGUUGAGUAUUCUUGAUGUCAUCACGGGUCAUCAGAGGCCAUACAGGACAGUGUCUGCCAGAGCUGCAGAGGUGUCCACAGUCCUCCGCCUGCCUGUUGAGGCUUUUCUAUCCAUCUUUGAGAAAUACCCAGAGAGCUUAGUGCGUGUGGUGCAGAUUAUCAUGGUGAGACUGCAGAGGGUGACAGUUCUGGCCCUCCACAACUACCUAGGACUCACUAACGAGCUUUUUAGUCAUGAGAUGCAACCACUCCGACUGCCCCCUCUUUCUCCUCACACCACCCGCACCAGCCCUGUAAGACACAGCAAGCGAUUCAGUAGCCUCACUGUUCCCGAGGACCAACGAGAAGCUGCUGUUCGAGAAUCCAGCGGAGAUCAUGGGAAAGAAGGUGGCAGCACCAUUCCCACCCUCAGCAGGGCCAUCUCAAUGCCUGUGGACAUCGCUGGCAUGCAAAAGGGCUUGCGUUCAGAUUUCGACAUGGCAUAUGAGAGGGGUCGCAUUUCUGUGUCUGCAGAGGAUGGAACACCAACACCGCCCAUAUUUACACGGUCUCAGGACCAAAGGGAGAGGAAAGUGACAGUGGAUGACGUGCCAUCAGGUGUUUAUCUGUACCCAGAAGAGGAGUCAGGCCAAGAAAACAUUUACGGUCCGUUGCCAGGACGACCAAACGCCACCCUCUUUGAGGAAGCACAGAAAGAAAUCCUCAAACUCAUGAGAAUUGAGGACCCUGCGCUGCUGAAUGGGCGAGUGACCCUUCAUCAUGCCAAGGCUGGAGCUGUUCUUGCCAGACAAGGAGACCAGGACGUGAGUCUGCAUUUCGUGCUCUCAGGCUGCCUGCAUGUGUAUCAGCGUAUGAUCGAUAAACAGGAGGACGUGUGCCUGUUUGUGACACAGCCGGGUGAGAUGGUUGGUCAGCUGGCAGUGCUGACGGGCGAGCCCCUCAUUUUCACUAUCCGAGCUGUUCGAGACUGCACCUUUCUCAAAAUCUCCAAGUCUGACUUCUAUGAGAUCAUGCGGGAGCAGCCCAGUGUGGUCCUAAGUGCAGCUCACACCGUGGCCAUCCGCAUGUCGCCAUUCGUAAGGCAGAUGGACUUUGCUAUAGACUGGAUGGCUGUGGAGGCUGGACGAGCUUUGUAUAGGCAGGACGAUCAGUCAGAUUGUACCUACAUUGUACUCAACGGCCGUUUGCGUUCGGUCAUUCGGAAGGCCAAUGGGAAAAAGGAGCUUGUUGGGGAGUAUGGACGUGGAGAUCUGAUUGGUGUGGUGGAAGCACUGACCAGGCAACCCCGGGCAACUACAGUGCACGCAGUCCGAGACACGGAACUGGUGAAGCUCCCAGAGGGAACACUAAACAACAUUAAGAGACGCUAUCCUCAGGUUGUUACUCGAUUGAUACAUUUGUUGGGCCAGAAGAUUCUAGGAAAUCUUCAGCAGACCCGUGGACCUUUCUCAAGCUCAGCUCUGGGUUUGCCUACCGUGGCGUCCAGCACUGAUGUAACCAACCCCGCCAGUAAUCUCUCUACUGUUGCUGUGCUUCCUGUUUGUGAUGAAGUGCCAAUCAAUGCCUUUAACCUGGAGCUUAGCCACGCCCUCAGCGCCAUAGGUCCUACCCUGCUUUUAACAAGUGACAUUAUCAGAGAGAGACUUGGAGCUUCAGCCUUAGACAGCAUCCAUGAGUACAGGUUAUCUGGCUGGCUGGCCCAGCAGGAGGACAUCAAUCGAAUAGUUCUGUACCAGACCGACAACAGUAUGACCCCUUGGACGCAGCGCUGCAUUAGGCAGGCAGACUGCAUUCUGAUCGUUGGCCUCGGUGACCAGGAGCCCACUCUUGGCCAGUUGGAACAGAUGUUGGAGAACACAGCAGUGCGGGCACUGAAGCAGCUGGUUCUGCUGCACCGUGAAGAUGGACCAGGACCCUCGAGAACUGUGGAGUGGUUGAAUAUGCGUAGCUGGUGCUCCGGUCACCUCCACCUCAGAUGCCCCCGCAGAGUCUUCUCUCGCCGCAGCCCUACCAGACUGAGGGAGGUCUACGAGAAGGUGUUUGAGAAGACUGCAGACAGACAUAGUGAUUUCUCCCGUUUGGCUCGAGUCCUAACAGGAAACACCAUUGCCCUGGUGCUAGGAGGGGGAGGAGCCAGGGGCUGCUCACAUGUUGGUGUGAUCAAAGCCAUGGAGGAGGCAGGAAUUCCCAUCGACUUGGUAGGAGGAACAUCUAUCGGCUCUUUCAUUGGUGCACUCUAUGCAGAGGAGAGAAGUGCAGUUCGGGUGAAGCAGCGAGCGAGAGAGUGGUCGAAGGCAAUGAAUUCCGUGUUCAAAACAGUCCUGGAUCUAACUUAUCCCAUUACCUCUAUGUUCUCUGGCUCCGCCUUCAACACCAGCAUUUCCAAUGUAUUUGAGGAUAAGCAAGCAGAGGAUUUAUGGUUGCCUUAUUUCAAUGUGACCACUGACAUCACAGCAUCUGCAAUGCGGGUGCACAAAGAUGGCUGUGUGUGGCGCUAUGUUAGAGCCAGUGCCUCCUACACCCCUUAUUUACCUCCUCUCUGCGACCCCAAGGAUGGCCACCUCCUCGUGGAUGGUUGCUAUGUAAACAAUGUCCCAGCGGACAUUGCCCGGAACAUAGGUGCCAAAACGGUCAUCGCCAUUGAUGUGGGAAGCCAGGAUGAGACUGAUCUGUGUAAUUACGGUGAUAGCCUGUCCGGCUGGUGGUUGCUGUGGAAGCGGAUUAAUCCGUGGGCAGAGAAAGUAAAGGUUCCGGACAUGGCUGAGAUCCAGUCCCGCCUGGCCUAUGUGUCCUGUGUAAGGCAGCUGGAAGUGGUGAAGAAGAGCGCCUACUGCGAGUACAUUCGUCCACCUAUUGAUCGCUUUAAGACUAUGGACUUUGGCAAGUUCGAUGAGAUCUAUGACGUGGGUUACCAGCACGGGAAACUGUUGUUCACUAGCUGGGCCCGUGGUGAUAUAAUUCAGAACAUGCUGAAGGAUCACCGCUCAGCUGACUACACUGACAGCAAGAAAACUGAUAGCUGCACUUGUCCGGGAGCAGAUUUCACUGACCUGGCUGAGAUCGUGUCCAGGAUUGAGCCGGUGCAGAGCUAUGUGGGGGCUGACGCAGAGGAGUCAGAUGGUCUGACAGAGUAUGAGGAGGACGGGAUGGACACGGUGAGGGAGGAAGAAGGUGAGGAAGAAGAGGAUGAAGCUUACGACCCUGAAGACCACUCACCUGGGGAGUGGGGGGCUAACGGCGUCUUUCAGGCGGAUGAGGACAAAUCGCUCCGUCAGAGAAGGAAGAACCCCAGCGACUCGAACACGUGCUCCGAGCUGUCUGACUGCUGACAGAAAGUGAUGCGUCCAGCGGUGCAUCCAGACGUCAAAAGGCACGCAAAAGGGAAGUAGCGCCCUAAUGUUCGGUUCUGGAGCAGAGGAGCAGAAGUGGAGAAAUGGAGGAACAUGGAGAGAAAAAGACAGAGCGAGUGAGAAAGAGGAAGAGAGAGAGAAAGAGAAAGAGAGGUCAACCAAAGAUAACUGUGCUACACAACAUACAGCAACGCCACUAAAACCAACCCAAGAAAAUUGUGAUGCCAAGACACAUGCAAGCUUGACCCUUAUUUUUUGGGGGGGAACAAAAUGUCUCUCAGAAACAAAUCCCACUUGAGUGCUUCACAACUAUGAGGGUCAAGUUUUUUUUGAGGGAUUUAUGACCAUAUGCUCAGAAGUGUCUCUAUUUGGAUUUAGGGGCUUUCUUCUUUUUUUUCUCUAGUGGACUGCAGAGAAAUUCCACAGGGCCAAUGAUGCCCAGUUUUUCCAGUGAUGGCCAGUACAGCACAAACUGUGCAAUGUCCUUGUUUCACUUGGUAUGGCAACCCACCAUGACCACUGUUGGGACCGUAAGUGUCCGUUAAUGUGUGUGUGUGUGCGUGCAUGCAUGUGUGUGUGUGGGAGCGUGCAGCUUCUUCUAGUAAUGGAGGCACUCUCUUAAGUGAGAGAAUUCUUGCAACAGAAUCAACAGAAUCUUCUACAUUCAUGUAGAGUAGUACUAUUAAGUAGUGUGAACACUUUCUGAGGUGUACUGUAAUACAGGAACGUUGUAUUUAAUGACGAAAGGCUUCACAUUUAUAGAAUAGUUGCUUUUACAGGUCCUUUUUCAGGUCAUCUUUAGCUUUGAAUGGCAUGGGGAAUGUAUUCAAUAACCUGAAAAUAUUAGUUCACCCAUUAAAAGACAUAUUAUACAAAGAUACUGCUACAAGUAAAAGAAACUACUGUUGUGCGAAAAAUGCACUAGUAUAGACAACACAUCACAGAAUCGUCCAUCUUUCUUACAAUUAUCAGCUUUUUCCAAGUCAGGAAUGUGGUAGGUCCCCAAGUCAAGCAAAAACCCAAACCUAGUUUUUCCCUUUUUCCUGGUUAGGGUCUUGGUGGAUUUAUUGCCUACCUGGAAACAUUGGUUCAAAACAGGAAUACCCCUGGAUAAUCCAGGGCAAGGUAGCAAACAACCCCAUUUACACAUUUAAAAUAGAUAGUUCAAAUAAAAUAUAUGGAUUUUUAUGAGAUCACAGGCAAGGAAUCCUCAAAGCUUUUUUUCUUUUUUCCCGGAUCUGGAGUCUGGAGAUACUGGCUGCAGGGCAUAAAUACCCCUUGCCAAUUCUUCAACGGACAGCAGACACUACUAUUCAGUCACACAUUCCCAACUAGAGGGGAAUUUAUUGUGCCCAAUUAAUUAUUUGCUUAUGUGCUUCUAUCUGGUCAGGGCCAUUGUGGAUUCAUAGCCCACCCAGAAUCAAUGGGUGCAAGAAAUGAAAACCCCAUUACAGGAUACCACACACUCUCAUUCAUUGACUCUCUAACACUGAGGGGCAUUUAACAUAUUUUAGGAAACUUAAGUACCUGGAGGCAACCCAUAUGGGCACAGGGACAACACAUCAAAUAGUGACUGAAGCAAAAAAUGAACCACCAUGCCACUUAAACCCAGAAUACACUCUGGUUUGAUCAAUUCGGUAUAAGAACACUAGUACCAAACACCACACUAUACAGUACCCACUCCAUUCAAAGCUAAUAAGAAAGAGCUUGCUGUCGGUUCUGAUCUGAUUUGUAGAUGUUCCAAAUCAUGGAGUUUGAUCUGUUCAGGAUCAAUAACAGAAGUUCAACCACUGUAAGAAUUAUCAACAAAAUGUAGAAAGAUGAUGGAAAAAUAAUAUAUAACAGGAAAGGUAUAUAUUGAUGUAGUGUGUAAUGAAUCUACUGUGAGGACUAGGGAAAGAAUGAAUGAGUGAAGUGGAAAGUGUAAAAGCAAGCAUUAAGGAGCAGCCCUAGCUGUAAGGAGUCAGUAUGUAGGGUUCGGAUUUAUCUUAAAAUGUUAAAGAUGCACUAAGAUACACUAAGCUGAUGUUUAGAUUUCUGCACAGAUGCCAUUUGUAGAUAUAUUAACAUCAUGGGUGGGGUUCUUAUUGCUUCAUGUUUCAUGUCUCAAGUUAUGUAAAAGGCACUACGCUUUGUCUUCUGCGAAAUACACUCAUUGACAUAAUAAAUUAAAUUAAUAAUGAACCAAGAAGGAGCUGUUAGAGCAGAAUAGCUAUUUAUACUUACGUUGAAUGUAACGGUAAUAUAUGUAAGUGAUUGCAAUAUUAUAAUGAAAGGAAAAGUGUACAGUUGAAAGGAGGCUUGGCUUUACUACCAGGUUGGGUCGCCUCUUUACUGGAUACAAGAUAAGACAAGAUGUGUACCUGUGUACGGUUGGACAUGGAGGUAUACAGGUUCUGUAUGGCAUCCUGAAACACAUGUAAUCAGAGAUGUUGCAGCUGGGCCUGUAGAUCCUGCUCUACACUCGUAGACAGCUGAAGCUGGCAUCAUUAAUUGGCAAUAAGUCUGACCAGGCAGGCCAAGGAAUUGUUGCAGUCUUGUGGAGACAUUCCUGGGAAACCCUUGCUGUUUGUGGUUGAGCAUCAUCCUGCUGAAAAAGCUGGAAGCCCUCUAUUUAGAGGCAGCACAUGUUCUUUGUAUCACUCAUUUCACUGCCUUCUUGUUGGAGAGACCCAGGGUCCGAGAUGUACCUUUAUGCAGAAAUUCAGUUUUUUUUUUGUUUUGUUUUUUGUUUUGUUUUGUGUAAAUCUCCCCAACAGUUACUUAGUGUAAUUAUUUUAAAGAAGAAGAGGAGUACGGAGAAGUAAGAAUUUGAAAAUGUAAAAAAUGAAGAAAAUAUUUAAAACAUUGCGGAAAGCUAUUAAGCAAAUAAUAAUAGAGUUCUAUCUGUAAGCCUUCAUACAUCGUUUGCCUGAUUAGCACUUCUGAAUGAGGUUUCUUUUAACAGAAUGAGAAAUGUCUUUGAAUGUGUGUGUGUGUGUGUGUGUGUGUGUGUGUGUGUGUGUGUGUGUGUGUGUGUGUGUGUGUGUGUGUGUUGCCUUCAGCUGUUGUGCUGCUUGCAAGUUCAAGAGGGAUGUCACACAGUAAAAAAUGGCCAUACAGAAGGAUAAUACAUACAUACCCCCGAUGUCCAUCGACCCUCCAUGCUGAAGUAACUUGAUCCUCUUGUCUUGUUCCAGUAUUAAAUUACCUUAGCUUUAUGGCCUUCCAUCUCCUCCACUGGGACCUUACUGCAAGUGAGAAUUUGUGCACCUUCUGGCUCAGUCUGUAAAAGGCAAGAGAUGAACUGUACAGCAUCUUUGCUUUCAGAUCUCAUUAUUGUUGCCGAUUGUGUUUCUUAUAUUCUUUAGAGGUUGCCAAUAUGGUUUCUAUUUAUUUAUUUUACCAAUUACUUUUUUAACACAUUUUUAACCACUGGGAAGCAAGACCAGAAAGGUCUACGCAAUGGAAUACAACCAAGGACAACAGACUGUACAAGUUUUCAUUGAGGUUGCUUUAGCAUCUUUUGCACUGAUUACAGGAGAAAAUAAUGUUGAUUUAAAUGUAUAUGUUUUUGCGGUACUAAAUCAGAAGCAACUUAUACUGUAAUGGAUGAUUUCUGUACUGUAAAGGUAACAAUUACUAAAUAAUAAAAAGUGCUGAAAUAUUUUA